AUGCCGGCCAUGCAUACCACAUCGUCUAUUUCGCUGCUGGCGGCCACAAGUACGCUCGCGGCUUCGAUUAGCCAGAACCAGAGCCAGAGCCAGAGCCAGAACACAAAUGUUCCAAUUGUGUAUAUUCCUUUAAACUACAGAUAUGGAGAAAACCACAAGAUAUCAACAGAUCUGGUCGAGCCCUGGAGCAACAUGACCAUAGAGGUCCAGUUCGACCAGGGCUCCGAGAACUUCUGGAUAUUCGGCCCAAACGCCACCAUGAACUGGGGCUGCAACGGGCUUUUCUGUUCCGGCCCGUGUAACACGACAGUGACGCCGUUCUACGACUAUCCCAACUCGCCGAGCACGACGGACACGGCAAAGUUCGAGUUCUUCGGGGGCUACGGGGGCUACACCAAGAGGGUCUACGGCGACAUAUCCGUCAACGACACGAUGCUGUUCACCUCUGCGUCCGGGCAGUGGUCGCAAAUCCCAGGCGUGCGCGUGUCUAUGGCGUACUACAUGCAGCAGCGGCUCGAAGACGACGGCACGUGUUCCAAGCCCGGCGCGUACGACAAGUCGAUAUUAGGCACGGCGCCCUUCCAACGCAGCGCCGAGUGGAACACGACGGGCCCGCACGUGCGCCAGGACCUGCUCGAGCGCGGCGUGAUCAGCGCGCCCGUGCAGUCCAUGUGGAUGGACAAGGCGCCGGCAAGCGUGCUCGGCACCUUCACGGGCGGCGCCGUCUUCGGCGGCGUCGACGCGUCCAAAUUCACCGGACCGCUGGUCAAAGUGCCGUUCCUGCGGUCCGACGCCGGGGGCUCCUCGGUCGGCUACUACACGAGUCCGCCCAAGGUCACGGUCAAGGGUCAGGCGCUGGACCAGUCGGCCAUCACGACGCAGACGUGCCUGUUCGACUCGGGCACGCAGAGCGACGACCUGCCCAUCAGCCUGGCGGCGCGCGACGCGUUCUAUAACGCGAGCGGGAUCGUCGAGAGCCCGAUGGGCUACAUGUCGUGGCCGGGCGAGUGUGAGUCGAUCCCGGCGGACCUGACGAUCGACCUCGAAUUCACUGGAGUUGACAAGAACACGACGGUCGCGAUCAAGGUCCCGCUGCGGAACUAUGUGCGGGCUAAUGCCGGGGAGAAGGGCUACUGCAAUCUGAAUCUCGACAUCGGCGGGUGUAUAUUUGCUGCGCCGUUCAGUACGGCGGCCUUCUUCGCGGCGGACGAUGAACGGGGCGAGCUCGCGUUUGCGCAGGGUGGUGUUGCCGAGGUUGGGAGCGGGCCCGACGAGAGCAAGAUCUUGCUGAGGAUUCCGUAG